UGCCACCGACUUGUUCAUACAUACGGGAAGAGUCCACUACUCAGGAGUGGUGUUGCACCACAGAGUCUGGUUGGUUGGGGGCUCAUGAUAUAAGGAGGCGAAGUACGGGACGGCAGAAUGAAUGAGUCGAUGGCACAGCAUCGAAACUGGGAACCUUUACUCAUAAAGUAAGCUCAUUCUCUCGUUCGUCCAGUAACAGCUGGGGCGUUUGUGAUUUGAAUCUUUCAUCUGCUUCAAGUUUCUUUGGCUGCCAGUGAGUGUGGGUGUUCCACACGUAUCACCUUGUUCAAGUACUUUUCACUAGUAUUCGGAGGUGGUUGGUGGUUCUGAAUGAAUGAACAUUCAUUCAUGACUCUGUUGUUGCAUCCUGCGGACACGACGCCACCGUGGGUUAUUUUCAUCAUUGCUACUGCUGCCUCUGCUGAUUCACACUCUCAUCCGUGUCAUCAUCAUCAUCAUCAUCAUCCUCAUCCUCAUCAUUCAUCAGCUGGUGAUGAUUCUCACGCGUUUCCCGUCGAUCGGCGACCGCCAAAUCCGCCCUUCCCAAUCCAUAAUAAUUUCCUGGCAUUCCAAAGGGAGAUGCCGUGGACUGUGACAAACUCAUUCAAGCGAGGUCUCAUGAUGAAAACUUACGGACGGCCACUUUGGCGCGUCUACGACGAUGACCAACGGCCUGCCGCCAAAAAACGACGCGUUCAAUCCGGCAAUGAUUCCGACGAAGCCGAAAAUAGCAUCCAAUAUGCCAUCCGCGAGUCUUCCGCCGCCAUCAUGUCCAGUCCGUCGCGUCGCAAUUCUAUUCUUCUCUCCGAAGGCACGCAGGAAGAUGAUCUAUCGACACCCCCAUCUUCUCCCCCACCGCGAUUAAGCCCCCCUCCCGCCAACACGCGGAAACCCACGUUUGCCUUCCUGAAGCGUAAACAGUCCGCCACCAAGGAUGCCAGCAAUGGCACCCCCGUUACGAAUGGCACUACCACCAACGGCACCGCCAAUGGCACCCCACUCACCGAGGUCAACUCUAACAGCGUGCGCGCCUCGGUGGACCCGCCCAAGAAGAAAGCGCCGCAGCCGCAGCAGCCGCCGGUCUUGAAGCAGAUGCAGAUCGACCUGGGCCACGAAGUACGGAGGACGUGUGCAACUUGUGGUAUGGAGUACGUGCCGUCGAAUACGGAGGAUGCGGCAUUGCAUAAGAAGUUUCACGAUAUGAACUCCACAGGGGUAGAUCUGGGGAAGGCCUUCAUGCGGGCCAACGCAUCACGCUGGGUCUACGAAGCUACACGGUUUGACGAGGGAUAUGUGGUCAUCGUGGAUCGCAAGGCAUCGCCGACCGCGAAGAACCAAGCGAAGAAGGUGCUGGAGGUCAUUUGCAAGGAGCUGUCGUCCCCGACGAUCGAGGAUGAGGUUCUGUGGAGUCAAACGGAAGCGCCCAAGCAUCUGCAACAGGACGGAGUACCGGAGAAAGUGGACCGGUACAAGGUGUUUUUGCACAUGAAGGACAGUCGAUGUGUAGGGGCAUGCUUGACGGAGCGGAUUUGGGAGUCACGGCCGGUCAAGAAGUCGGCCGUUUCGGGCAAUGGACCGGACUCGUCGGUCACGGUGGGAGAGGAAAGGCACCCGGCCAUCGUGGGCAUUUCGCGCAUAUGGACAUCGGGCUCUUCACGCCGGAAAGGCAUUGCCAUGGAUCUGUUAGACUGCGUGGUGAGCAACUUCAUCUACGGGAUGGAAAUCCCCAAGGAGCAGGUGGCGUUCAGCCAACCGACCGAGAGCGGCAAGGGGCUGGCGCAGUCAUUCUUCGGCAACGAAGAGUGGCAUGUUUACGAGGAAAGCUAA